AAGGGUAGAUUUAGUGCAGUUUAACUUAUUUUAGUGUUUAGUAAUUGGUAGCUUGGUAAACUAUAUUUUCAGAGUAAUUUCCCCAACCCUGCAGUGCCAGAGAUGAUAGAAACAGAAGUCCUUCAUAAUCUAGCUACUGGUAAAGCUUUUUGAAACAGAGCUCAAAAAUACCCCGUUCUAGCGUAACCAUGGCAACAGCCUCCUGCGCUGUCAAGAUGGCGGACGAAGAAAACACACUAACUCUCCCAGUGGCCUCUGAGACGAAGAAACGGCAAGCUCCAAAAGCUCCGGAACUUCCCAUUCUGGAGAGGAGGAACUGGCUCAUCCACCUGCACUACAUCCGCAAAGACUAUGAGACCUGCAAGGCAAUGAUCAAAGAGCAGCUACAGGAGACCCAGGGAAUGUGUGAAUAUGCCAUAUACGUACAAGCGCUAAUCUUGCGUCUGGAGGGGCAGAUCCAGCCAUCCCUGGAGCUGUUCCAAAGUUGUGCCAUCCUCAAUCCCACCAGCCCCGACAACCUCAAACAAGUGGCUCGAUCGCUUUUUCUGUUGGGGAAACACAAGGCAGCCAUUGAGGUUUAUCAGGAAGCUGGGAAGCUCAAUGAGAAAGACUGGGAGAUCAACCAUAAUCUGGGUGUAUGCUAUUCCUUCAUAAAAGACUUCCAAAAUUCUGAAGAGCAGUUGAAUGCAGCCCUGCAGUUGAAAAAACACGACAGGACAUUCAUGACACUGGGAAAGGUCCACUUGUUGGCGGGAGACACGGACAAAGCCAUCGAAGUGUACAAGAGUGCAGUGGAGUUCUCUCCAGAGAAUGCCGAGUUGCUGACCACUCUGGGGCUCCUGUAUCUGCAGUUGGGAAAAUACCAAAAAGCAUUUGAACAUCUCGGGAAUGCACUUACUUAUGACCCUAAUAACUAUAAGGCCAUCCUGGCAGCAGGCAGUAUGAUGCAGACCCAUGGGGACUUUGAUGUGGCCAUGAACAAGUACCGCGUGGCAGCGUGCAUGGUCCCCGAGAGCCCCCCGCUCUGGAACAACAUCGGCAUGUGCUUCUUUGGCAAGAAGAAAUAUGUAGCAGCCAUCAGCUGCUUGAAGCGGGCCCACUACCUGUCUCCGUUUGACUGGAAGGUACUGUACAACCUGGGCCUGGUGCACCUCACCAUGCAGCAGUAUGCCUCUGCCUUCCACUUCCUCAGCGCUGCCACCAACCUGCAGCCCCACCUGGGAGAACUCUACAUGCUACUAGCAGUUGCACUGACCAAUCUGGAGGACGUGGACAAUGCCAGGAGAUCCUAUGAACAAGCUGUGGCUUUAGACCAGUCCAACCCUCUGGUCAACCUGAACUUUGCCAUUCUGCUGUACAACCACGGGGACAAGAAGGGAGCCCUGCAACAGUACCAGGAGAUGGAAAGGAAAGUCAACAUACUGAAGGACAGCAACACUGAGUUUGACCCUGAGCUAAUGGACAUGGCUCAGAAGAUGGCCGCUGCCUUGCAGGUGGGAGAGAGCCUGGAGUGGACCAAGCCGGUCAAAGACCCCAAGUCUAAGCAGCGCUCAGCUGGGGCCCCCAGUAAAACUCCUGGCAGCUCCCAGCAGCCCCUAGGCACCAACCAGGCCCUGGAGCAGGCCAUGUCCUCCGCCGCAGGCUACAACAAGAGCAUCUCACUCCCCACAGGAGUGUCCCCCCACAGCCAGCCCACGCCCCCUUCCCUGGCCUUGGAGGAGGAGCCUGAUGUGGAGACCACCCCCACCCGAGCCCCUCAGCCAGAAGAGUCAGACCCCUCCACCACCAUGCCCCCUCUGGCAGCCAAACCCAAAGUCAAGAAGAACAAGUUGAAGCAAGAGCUGAACUAGACUAGACGUCCCAUAUCUAGUCCACAGGCCUGUAGUGUAUCAUCACUCCCAGAAUGUCACUCAGCUUAUCUAGUCCACAGGCCUGUAGUGUAUCAUCACUCCCAGAAUGUCACUCAGCUUAUCUAGUCCACAGGCCGGUAGUGUAUCAUCACUCCCAGAAUGUCACUCAGCUUAUCUAGUCCACAGGCCUGUAGUGUAUCAUCACUCCCAGAAUGUCACUCAGCUUAUCUAGUCCACAGGCCUGUAGUGUAUCAUCACUCCCAGAAUGUCACUCAGCUUAUCUAGUCCACAGGCCGGUAGUGUAUCAUCACUCCCAGAAUGUCACUCAGCUUAUCUAGUCCACAGGCUUGUAGUGUAUCAUCACUCCCAGAAUGUCACUCAGCUUAUCUAGUCCACAGGCCUGUAGUGUAUCAUCACUCCCAGAAUGUCACUCAGCUUAUCUAGUCCACAGGCCGGUAGUGUAUCAUCACUCCCAGAAUGUCACUCAGUUUAUCUAGUCCACAGGCCUGUAGUGUAUCAUCACUCCCAGAAUGUCACUCAGCUUAUCUAGUCCACAGGCCUGUAGUGUAUCAUCACUCCCAGAAUGUCACUCAGCUUAUCUAGUCCACAGGCCGGUAGUGUAUCAUCACUCCCAGAAUGUCACUCAUCUUAUCUAGUCCACAGGCCUGUAGUGUAUCAUCACUCCCAGAAUGUCACUCAGCUUAUCUAGUCCACAGGCCUGUAGUGUAUCAUCACUCCCAGAAUGUCACUCAGCUUAUCUAGUCCACAGGCCUGUAGUGUAUCAUCACUCCCAGAAUGUCACUCAGCUUAUCUAGUCCACAGGCCUGUAGUGUAUCAUCACUCCCAGAAUGUCACUCAGCUUAUCUAGUCCACAGGCCUGUAGUGUAUCAUCACUCCCAGAAUGUCACUCAGCUUAUCUAGUCCACAGGCCUGUAGUGUAUCAUCACUCCCAGAAUGUCACUCAUUUUAUCUAGUCCACAGGCCUGUAGUGUAUCCUCACUCGGUCUCUAUCCGUUUUAGUUUUCAUCAAGAAUAGUUAGUCGAAGGCCACAAGGCCUUGACUAGCUUCUUGAUUUAGCUUGUUACAAAGUGCUUUAUGUUGCUCUUUCUUAAUGGUCUUACUAACCAAGGUGAGCCAGCCUAAUGACAGAGGUGUCAUAAUGAGUUGACUUCCUGAUCAUCAAAGGCCUUGACAUGAUCUCUUUUCAGUAGUUUCAGAUACUUACUCUGUUCAACUUUCUCUAUUGGGCCAUGUCAAAUACAGCAUAUGAUUAUUUAAUUUUUUUACUUAGCCUUGGUCAGUGGCAGGUCUGGAUUAUCGUUUAUAAUGACACUAAAUAUACAUUCCUCCAUUUUAAGUAACCUAUAAGAUAUGACAAUCAUGAAUGAGAUGUGGGAAAUAAAGAUUGUAGUGUUUUAUACCUAAUAUAUAGAUUUAUCAAGGGCCUUUUUUUUUAAACUAUUGUUGAAUUUUAAGAUGUUUAGAAAUUAUGAUGUUUGACAGAAUAGAUGUGUAUUUAUUGUUGCAAAAUCCAAAGUGCCGUGAAGGUGAUUGAUAGUGUUCUGCUCUUUAUUUUAGUCAGAGUAGUGUUAGGCUAAAUGCGACACGGUUGGCUGGGUAAACCAUGCUAGCGUGAUGAGUAGCCUUGUCUGAGACUAAAGACUUGACUUAGCUCCCCAAGCUAAGGCCUAGACGUUUAGCUCAGCGGCUAACAGUUGUGGCACGCAGAAGACUUGUGUAAGUGUGUGUGAACAUGCAUGUAAUAUACAGGUAACUGACUAAAUAAACGAUACAUCAAAUUAAA